GACAGCGAAUAAUCAUUCAUCAGUCGCCAACGUAUCGCAAUGGGCUCCUCUUUAUGUCCCGCCUCUUAUCUGCCGGUGUUGGCCAUUAUCCUCCUUGCCAGCGAUAUUGGAGUCCAGGCUAAAAGAACGAUCAGGAUCCAGAAAUUAGAAAAGGUGGUUCAGGAUACCACAUAUCUGCACAGCCUUCUGCGAAUCUCUGAGUCCGAGGAAAAUGAGUUAAAAAUAGAUGGAAUGCUCAAUCUGGCUCAUAGCCUCGACAAUGAUUGGACGGUUGUGUUUAAGGUUUUAAGAUCCCCGGAUGGGGACGCAGACUUCGAAAGGGUUUUAACAUUCGAAAUUCAGCUUUGUGACUUUAUGAAGAGCUACUACAAGGAUCUAUUUUACGAACGGAUCAAGGACUACUCGAAUGCACCACAUCCAAGCAAAUGUCCUCUGCCCAAGGAGCGUUAUUUACUACGGGACUAUCCACUCAACGUCAAGCUGCUCAAGAAACUGAUGAGUCCGGGCUUCUAUCGCAUAAAGUAUACCCUUAAGAAUGAAGAGAUAAAAAUAUUAUCGUAUGUGCUGGAGAUGGAGUUGGAGGAGGACUAA